AUCCCUAUUCCCUAACCAUUCAUGUGAGUUGACUUAUACUCAGACAGCAACAGGCAACACCGUCACACAACUUUAAAAUACAACAAAAACAAAACUAGAUUGAGUUUUCCAUUUUCCAACAAUAAGAGAUAUGAACACUCAAUUCAAACCUUCCAUCUUCUUUCUCCUCUUCAUUUUCCAAUGCAUGAUCCAUGGAAACUUCUGCAGAAAAAUAGCUGGAGAAGCUGAACACAUCAUUGAAACAUCAUAUGAUAAUGAUCAUUUGUGUGUGAACCAUCAUACCCAUGAUGAUGAUGAACAUGUAAAUGAUGGAUGUCAAAACAAUAUGAUCCCUCAUCAUAUUGAUCAUGGCCAUUCAUCAUCAUCUCAAAUGGACCUAUCAUGGAACAUCUUCUUUCACAUUAAUGACCUUAAAUUAGGUAAAAAAAUCCCUUUAUAUUUUCCCAUAAAAAAUUCAUCAAUUACGCCGCAUAUGAUCUCAAAACAAGAAGCCGAACAAAUCCCAUUUUCAUCAUCCCAACUUCCCGAAAUCCUUAAAUUUUUCUCAUUUCCUCAAAAUUCACCCCAAGCUAAAGCCAUAAAACACACCCUUAUACAUUGUGAAAUUCCUCCUUUAAAAGGUGAAACCAAAUUUUGUGCUACUUCUUUAGAAUCUAUGCUUGAUAAUUUAGCCUUAAUCUUUGGAUUAGGCACUAAUUUUAAGGUUUUAACAACUACCCAUUUGAAAAAUAUGAUCCCUAAUUUACAAAAUUAUACCAUUUUGGAAGAUCCUAAAGAGAUUAUAACCAAUAAAGUGAUUGCUUGUCAUCCUGUGCCUUACCCUUAUUCAGUGUACUAUUGUCAUGGGCAAGUAAGUGAUAAUAGAUUGUUUAUGAUCUCACUUAAGGGUGAAAAGGAUGACUUCAGAUUUGAAGCUAUUGCAAUUUGUCACAUGGAUACAUCUCAGUGGGACCCACAUCAUGUAUCGUUUCAUAUGCUGAGAAUCGAACCUGGAACCUCUCCUGUGUGCCAUGUAUUUCCUCAAGAUAAUCUAGUAUGGGUUUCAACUCCAAGUUCUUCUAAUUAGUUUACAACUAUAUGUUAUAUCAUGUAUACUUAAACAAGUGAUAUUGAUAUUGUACACUUGUAGUUGUAGUAUAUAUUUAAUUACAUAAUUGCGUCAUUUUGUGUUAAAUUAAUAUCAGUCCAAAUUAAAUUUGAGUCAAAUAAUAUUGAACUAAAAUUGAACUUAUAUAUUGAUUGUCUGUUAAAAAUAUAGUGUUAUAUUAAAUUAUUAAUUUAGUUCACACUAAAAUAGAGUGGGCACUUUCAUUUGAUGAGUAUAAUAGAAUGAUUCAAAUCAAAAAUGAGAGAAUGUUUAGAUUGUUUUAUAGUAUUUCAAUGUUGAUUAACUUCAUAUACUCCAUUCAUUUCAUAUUGUUGAUUACAUUGACCUUUUUGCAUAAUUUU